CCCCUUUGCUUUCCGUAGCUGAUUUUUUUUUCAAUCGUCUCGGGUCGACAACUGUUUUUUUAGAUGGCAAAACUUGGGAUUUUUGGAUUUGUAAACAUUAUUUACAACGACUACUGGUGAUACUAGACAUUAUCACAAGUUACUACUGAAGAUACAGUCGUACAGCUGUCAGCUUUGGUUGGAGACUUUCAUUUAUCAUUACGACAAGCGAAGAAGAUUUUCUCCGCUGUUAGGUAGUGCGCACUAGCAACAACAAACGACGUUAGCUAGUAGCACAUCAUCAUUAGCUAGCCUGCCAACUAUCCAGUUACAUUUCAAAACUGUCCUUUGUUUUUGUCUUUCGUGGCACGUUGCAUUUGCAUCAGUGAUGAUAAAAAACACGAUACAAUCCGCAGGACUUCUGGUUUUGUUGUGGUUGUUAUUUGGGGACUUUGUCUUUGUUCUGGGUUGGUUUCACAACAGAGUCAAAACGUACAACAACCAAUAUUCUUCCAAAGAAGAUGCUCCAGACAGUCAAGACCAGAGCUGUUUUUGUCACUUGACAGGCGUCUUGGAUGACUGCUUCUGUGACAUCGAGAGCAUCGAUGUCUUCAACAACUUCAAGAUCUACCCCCGCAUUCAGAAGCUGACCGAGAGAGACUACUUCAGGUACUACAGGGUCAACCUGAAUAGGCCCUGUCCCUUCUGGGCCGACGAUGGCCACUGCUCCAUCAAGGACUGCCAAGUGGAGCCCUGUCCAGAGAGCAAGAUUCCAGUGGGAAUUAAGUCUGGAAACUACAAUAGGUACUCCCAGGUGGCCAACGCCAACACAGACAUAGUAGAUUGUGAACAAGCCCAAGACCUGGGGGCCAUUAACAGCACCCUGAGUAACUAUAGUAAAGAGGCCUUUGAGGACUGGGCCCGGCACGAUGACGCACAGGACCACUUCUGUGAGCUAGAUGAUGAGACGUCACCAGAUGCAGACUAUGUGGACCUGCUCCUAAACCCAGAGCGCUACACUGGCUACAAGGGCCCCUCAGCCUGGAGAGUGUGGAACAGCAUCUACGAGGAAAACUGCUUCAAGCCCAGAUCAGUGUACCGGCCCCUUAACCCACUGGUUCCGCCCAGAGGAGGAGAUGAUGACGGCGAAGGUUUCUACAACUGGCUGGAAGGUCUGUGUUUGGAGAAGAGGGUGUUCUACCGGCUCAUCUCUGGUCUCCACAGCAGCAUCAACAUCCACCUGUGUGCAGAGUACCUAUUGGACGAGGGCUGGGGCAAGUCCCUGUGGGGCCCCAAUGUGCAGGAGUUCCGCCAUCGCUUCGACCCGGCCGAGACCAAGGGCGAGGGUACGCGGCGCCUCAAGAACCUCUACUUUCUCUACCUGAUCGAGCUACGCGCCCUCUCCAAGGUGGCGCCCUACUUUGAUCGAGCCUUUGUCAACCUGUACACGGGUGACCGUCAAGAGGACCGAGCCACCAAAGAGUUACUGCUACAGUUCUUCAAUGAAACCAAAGCUUUCCCAAUGCACUUUGACGAGAAGUCCAUGUUUGCUGGGCAGAAGAUCGAAGCAAAAACGUUGAAGGAGGAAUUCCGGCUACAUUUUAAAAACAUCUCCCGGAUCAUGGACUGUGUGGGCUGCAGUAAAUGUCGACUGUGGGGGAAGCUACAGACCCAAGGGCUGGGCACAGCGUUGAAGAUCCUUUUCUCUGAGAAGGAGAUCAAGAACCUGCCGGAACACAGCCCCUCUAAGGGCUUCCAGCUGACACGCCAGGAGAUAGUGGCCUUGCUCAACGGCUUUGGGAGGCUCUCCACAAGCAUCCACCAGCUCCAUAGUUUCCGUGCCUUGCUGAAGGAGAAGAGGUAACACCCUUCAACAGCACUACCACCUCCUAGCCACCAGGUGGAGCAAGCCCAGAGGGAACUGCAAUAGUCUUAAUCCUCCCCAGAAUAAGAUCAAGUUCAGGGACUUCAGGAUAGACACUGAACCCCCAUCCCCUCCUCCCUCUAUGUAUAACUCUCCUUCUCUCCCCUUCCUUCUAAAUCUAGGUCUCGUCUUUCCAUAAAGCAUAGCGCUCAAUGUGAGAAAUCUGUACCUCCAUUUCGUUGUUUUUAAAUGUUUGUUUUUACUAUUGUGGGUGAAAGUGUUCACCAUUUCAGGCAUACUAGUUGUGAGCUAGACCCAUCAGUGUGUGUGUUUUUGGUGUGUGUUUGUGAGAGGGAGUACUUGUUUGUUGGUGAUCGCCAGUUGCAGCUAAAUGAUACCGAAAAUUAGGAUUCAUUCCAUACUUUUACGACCACAAACUUGAUAAGCAUACUGCGUUUUGCUAUCCUAGAGGUGUAACCUUUUUUUUCUGUGAUUGAGUGCCUGUAUUGAACGAACGUCUAUGGAAGCGACUGUGUCUGCUGUUGCUUUUGUCUGUGCAUUUAGCUGUUUAGGGGUGUUUUUAACAUCUCCACGUGGCAAUCCAGUCUUUCUGCGCAUCACAAAUGUAUUAUAUAAAGCCUCGUUUAAAUGUGAAAAAGGAACAAUUUGCGGAUUGUGCAUCUGUUGACAACGAUAAGCUUGCGUCACUUCUCUCAUACCUGUUCUAUUUGGUGGCAGAACGGUUCCUGGUGUUUUAUUCUUAUCCUAUUGUUUUAUUGGUUUUAUGAAAG